AUUGCCUAGAACCUCUUGAACAGCAACCGUCGUGGACAAAAUCGACGGCCCAGCACCAGAAGGCUUUCCGUGGGAAAACUUUGAUUUGUUCCUGAUCAGCGUCUUUAUAUCUCCCGCGGGGUCGGGUCAUGGACAUCACAAAUAUCCUGAAUAGAAAAGGUUCUACCGCCAUGGUUGCCGCAGAUACACCCUUUGAUCCAGCGCACCUGGUCCCGAACCCGGGUAUGGACCACUCGCCGAAGAUGAAGGCAGAGCCUGGCGCCGAGUCUGGCGACCAGCAGGUGCUUUCGUAUCCUCCUCAUGCACAGCUGGGCCAGAUGCCGAGCAUGCAGCAAGAUUUGCGAUAUGCACCACAGCACCAUCCCAACCAAGGCAUGCCUCUUUUGCAGAACACCUUCAUUCCUGGAGGAUACGCUGGCGCUGCUCAAAUACCGAACAAUACCCCUCAGGGACGGCCCGAUCCUCCUCCCAAGACCUUUCACUGUGGAACCUGCAGUAAAGGAUUCGCUCGUCGGAGUGAUCUCGCACGGCACGAGCGCAUUCACUCAGGUAUCAGGCCCCAUGCAUGCGAUUGGCCAGGCUGUGGCAAACAAUUCAUUCAACGCUCAGCCCUGACCGUGCACGCUCGCGUCCACACUGGUGAGAAGCCACACAUGUGUGAAAGAUGCGGCAAGCCCUUCAGCGAUUCGUCGUCUCUGGCUAGACAUCGCCGGAUUCAUUCUGGAAAGCGUCCUUACAAGUGCCCCUAUGCGAACUGCCAGAAGACGUUCACUCGCCGCACUACCUUGACACGGCAUCAGAAUCAUCACACGGGAACUAUCGAAGAGGCCGCUGCAGAGACUGAAGCCAACCUGAGGCAGAACAAGGAGCGCGCAAGACUCUCGGGAGAUAUUUUCUCGGACCAUGGCUCUGUUCAUUCGACUCCCUCCCCCGCACACCAGUCUAUCUCGCCCGUUGGUGAUCUGCCUCCGCUGAACAUGCCUCGCUCCGACUACUACAUGAGUAGCGGUUCCAUUCCCCCUCAUGUCCGCGGUGGCUUCCCUCAAGCCAGUCCUCGGGCUUCUCCCACAGCUACAUCGCCUUCCUUGUCAAGCUAUGGUAGUGCUCCGCAUGUCCGACCGUCGAUGACGUCCCACCCUUCGGGCUAUGGGCCCCCUCAACCCCUUGAGCCGCCUGCCAACAAUGAUCACCGGCCCAACAGCGUCAGUGGUAGCCCGCACAUGACUAGCUUGGGUUGGGCUUCCCCAUCGCAUUCUAGCAUUCCUUCUCCUGGCUCUGCCACCGACUUUGGGUAUCCCGAGCCAAGCGGAGCGGCGUAUCCGAGCUCUAUGCCUCCCCACAUGUACUUCCCCAACUCGACCAUCAGGCGACCCACCAGCACCGAACCGGACAAUUAUGAACUGAAGCCUAGACUUGGCGACAGUGCAUGGUCCACUCCUGUGUAAUGUGGCAGUUGCCUGAACACUGAACAUCUUCAAUAAACGGCCGGGCCGUAUACUUGAAGCCAUCGAGAAACGUCGAGUUUUUCAUGGGGAUGGUUUCACGCAUCACCACAAG